AUCAACUUAACACCAUUAACUAGGAACAUAAUAAAGCAAAGAACAAAAGAAUCCAUAGUAACAAAAACUUGCUUUUGGUCUUUACCUUUAUCUCCAGUUCUGCAUUGAAAUUUUCACACCCACAUUCAACAAAGAGAAUUCAACAACAGCAAAGCAGUCAUAUGGGGUGCUACUUCCAUGGCUCCACAGCUAAUCCACCCAUGGAAGCCGCCAUACCCAGAAGUAGUUCCGUUGAAGAAUAUACAGGACCCAAUAAUAUCAAGCAAGAGGUUCUGAUACAAAUACCAGGAUGUAAAGUUCAUCUGAUGGAUGUAGGAGAAGCUUUUGAAUUAGAUCAAGGCCAUUUCAUGGUCAUCAAUACCUUGGAGGAAAAUGUGCCUCUUGCUACAGUUAUAAAAGUAGGAGAGGAUCUCCAAUGGCCUUUGACUAAAGAUGAGCCUGUAGUGAAGCUAGAUGCUUUCCAUUACCUGUUUUCGCUGGCUGUGAAAGACGGAGAGCCUCUUAGCUAUGGCUUAACCUUUUCAGAAGAUAGUUAUGGAAGUUUGGGUUUGCUUGAUUCUUUUUUGAAAGAGCACUCUUGUUUUUCUGGCUUAAAGUUGAGUAACAAGAAUGAUCUUGAUUGGAAGGAGUUUGCGCCGAAGGUUGAAGAUUACAAUCACUUUCUGUCCAAGCUUAUUGCAGAAGGGACUGGUCAGAUUGUAAAGGGUAUCUUCAUCUGCAGCAAUGCUUACACCAACAAGGUUCAAAAAGGAGGAGAAACGAUCCUAAAUAGUCACGCAGAUGAGAAAAAUGGUGGUAUGGCCAGGGAAAGAAUGAGCAACAAGAAUUCCAGUGCCUCAAAGAAGAACAAGAUCAAUAAAAACCUUAAACGUGUGAGGAAGUUGUCCAAGAUGACAGAAAAGUUAAGCAAAUCAUUGCUUAGUGGUGUUGGCAUAGUUAGUGAAACAGUGAUGGCUCCUUUGGUUAAAUCCCAACCAGGAAAGGCAUUCCUAAGGAUGUUACCUGGUGAGGUGUUGUUGGCUUCCCUUGAUGCAGUCAACAAAGUUCUUGAUGCAGCUGAAGCUGCUGAAAAACAAACUCUUUCUGCCACCUCCAAAGCCGCAUCCAGAAUGGUCUCUAACAGGUUUGGGGAAAAUGCUGGGGAAGCUACCGAACAUGUGUUUGCAACUGCAGGACAUGCUGCUAACACUGCUUGGAAUGUUUUUAAGAUAAGAAAGGCCAUUAAUCCAGCUUCUUCAACUACCAAGGGUGUACUGAAAAAUGCUGUCAAAAAUACAAGCUUUAAAUAUUAAAUUCCAAUCAAGUUGUUUUCUACUUGUUUUUCAAAACAAAAGUGGUGGAAUUAAUUAGUACUUAUUGUAUUCACUUCAAUUUCAAGCUUUCACCUUGUAAGAAUUGGUAAGUCCCCUAAGCUUUAGCUUUAGAAGGAUGCUACAGAAGUUGAAUCCAAAUUUAAAAACAUUCGAUGGAAAUCAAUUCAUGUGGUACACA